AUGGCAGGAAAGAACUUUAUCCCUUCUAUUUCACUAGUUAAGAGAGAUCUUCCUAAAUUAGUCACCACUACGGCUAGUUCAGCCACUGUAUCAAAAUCCACGUCAAAUGUGGUGUCCCGAACGAGUUUUAAGUCUCUGCCAUCAUUGUCUUCCUCGGUUUCUAGUUGGAAGACAUCGUCCUCAUCAUUAAUUGUUCCAACCAUAACACCCCCAUCCACAUUAGGUAAUCCAUUCAUACUAAAUUCUGCUAAUAAAUUAAAUGGUACUGUAUAUAUUGCGGUGGGUGCCGUCAUAGGUGCGGUUUUUUUUAGUAUCCUCGUAUGGUGGCUAGUGUCCAAUUAUUUAGCUCGCCGUUCUUCAAUAGUUCCUUCUUAUGCAAAGAGUAGUAAGAAUUUUUACAAGGGCCAUCACAAGCAUAGUUCUUCUUUGCAAAGUAACCCAUUUGACAUCAAUGACGAAAAGAGCUAUAUGCAAGAUGAUUGGGAUUCCAUGAGUAAUUUGGAGUCAAACCACUAUGAUGAUACUGUCUCACCAUUCAAUCCAAUUCAAGAUCCGUUUGCAGAUAACAGAAAGAACUUAUUUAUAUCGCCUACUUUACAAGUGUCGCAAUAUGAAAAAAGUCAUAGCCGUCAACAAUCAAGAGAUACAAAUAUUUUUAUUGAUGAUCUAUCAUUAUAUGCGGGCACCUACCUGGAAGAAGAAGAAGAAGAAGAAGAAGAGAAACGUUUGAAUAUGAAUAGGCCACAAAGAGCUGCAUCACCAGAAAGGAAGGAAAAGAAAAUUAACUCAAUGGAAGGUUACCAUAAGAGAAAUCAAUCUUCCUUGGGCCUAAUACCAGUCGCUUCUGCUACAUCGAAUACUAGUUCCCCUAAAAAAGCUCAUAAGAGACAGGCACCAUCUAUGUUUUUGGAUGACGUCUUGAAUGGCAGAGAAAUAAUAUAG